AUGUCCAAAAGUGGCACCUCAAACGUAAAAGACUUACUUUAUUAUUCAGAGUCCUAUGAUGAGGAUGUUGAUGAAGAUAUUUGGGAUGACAGAAAGCUGAAUGAUGCAUACGAUAAAGCUUUAAGAAUAGCGAACGCAGAGGUGGCAAAAAGAGUUGCGAUGUCUACAAAUACUCAACACAAAAACAAAGAAGGUAUUUAUGAAACAGAUUAA